AGGAAGCUAUAGCUAUGGCUUUUCAUUUUCCUGCCUCUUGCUUGGUCCCAUAAACAAACAAAAGCUUUCAUCGUGAACUGUCCUUUGAUGUGGUUUUGAUACACUGGGUUGCAUUCCUCAUCCAUCUGUCUUAAGAUUUAUUCCUUUGAAUUUACAAUUUGCAGUGGUCAUUGUCACUUGGACGGUCACCUCCAAAUUUUCUUUUUUGUCCCUCACGUUAGUCCCUCGCCUUCUAAUCGAUAAAAGGGACUUUUGAUUUUGUACUAUCUACUUGAACACCUCCGUCUAGUCUGAAACACAAAAAAAUGUCUUCGUCUUCCGGAGGCCGACCUCUAGUUGCACACGCGUUGCAGAAAUACCUUCCCGCAGAACGUGCCAAGGAUGCCCAAUUAGCUUUAGCAGGUAGUUCCAGCAGUGGCCGUGCUGGUCAGUCCGGUUCUACCACGAGACAGUUGGCCCAGCGCGUCGCGGGACAGGUCUCGCUCUUUGUGCCUGGCGAGAAGGCUUUGCCUGAUCGCAAUUCGGAAACCCUGGCUGAGGACGACUUCCUGGCUGGCUUAGGUGCCAUUGUUGAACGCGACUUCUUCCCAGAUUUGCCGAAACUCAGACUCCAACUGGAGCUUGUUCAAGCAGAGACUGCAGAGGAAAAAACGGAGAUAGCCAGAAAGAUCCUGGAUUUAGAACGUCGUCAAGCAGAGAAGGAGGUUUACAACCCAGCUGAUUUGACAGCGAUCGUGCAGCGACCGGAUGAUGGAAAGUACACGACUGUGAAUACGAAGAGUCUGAGUCUAGACGAAUACGUGGCGAAGUACACAAGCGAAGACAAUGCGAGCUUCCGGAAAAUCGUAGAAAAAGACUUCGCCAAAAAACGACAGAAGUUAAGAAACGAAGAUAGAUGUGUAACAAACAGUAUAUGUGGUCGUUCUUUGAAUAAUUAUUCAAUCAUGUAAGUAGUUGUUUAUUCAAUUUGUACUAAUAGUAAGAUUACCCUUCUAGUGCUAGGAACAACAACACCACGACCGACCACGACAAGAUCAGCUUCAUCUAAAUGUUUGAUAACACCAGCUCGUCUUAUGCGUGAAUAUCGUUAGAUCAUGUAGGAAAGCUCUAACCCACGAAGCUUACGUGGAGAAGAAGUCCGAAUUCGAUCGACUGCAUCUGUCUUUGACAAACGCCGAAAAACUCGCUGAGGAAUACUCCGCGCCUGGCGAGGCCGCUGCCAAUCUCAAGGCUUUGAGAGACGCCUACGAGGAGGACCACAGGCGAAUCGCAAGUGGGGAACGUCGUUGGAACCCACAAGUGUGGAAGAAGAAUCUGAAUAAGAAUGUCGUUGCUGCUGGAGGUGGAGGAGGAGCUUCCUCUAAAGACGGUGGCAGUAGUACUAUUUUGACGGAGAAGAACUCGAAACUGAAGAAAGCGAUUGCGAAUUUGCAGUUUGCGGAUCAAUCCAAGGAUGUGAUUGAGACCGCAGAAGAAGAGUACGACCCGAUUUCCGAUCCGAAUAACUACGAAAUCAAGCGGGAAAUCGAUCAGUUCUUAAACGAGAGUGGCGGGAAAGCAGUGGGCAACAGCAGUAAAAAUGCGGGUAUUGGAGUGAGCAGGUUUUUUCUGAAUCCAGCAGGCCAGAAUGUCACGAAAGAAGAGGGAAAAAAUGGAGGAGGAGAAGUUGGAGGAGGCUUGUUGACUUUGGAAAAUGGAGGUAAAGGAUUAGCGGCAAAUUCUAGAAGUGGAGCAUUAGCGAUUACGAAUACUGCUGCACUUUCUAGUGCAGGAGGACUAGGAGGUUCUUCUUCAUCGUCUUCUUCCUCAGGAGCUUCUCUUAACUCCGCGUCUUUAGCCCUUCUGGAUAAGAGGGAUCGAACCAAUGAGAUGAACGCGACGAACAACAUCUUGCGGGAUGAUAGGCCAAUCAAGCCUGUACCCAUCUUGCCAGCAGAUGCACCUGGAGGCCUGAAUGUACCGCAAGGUCCUGCGACAUCUUCGGUUGCAGGCUCAUCUUCUUCAAUCAAUAAGAAGAGCAGUAAUACUAGUAGAACUACGUCGUCUUCGAUUGUUGUCUCUUCAGGAGGAGCUAGUGCGGGCAAAAGUGGACAAUUAGCUGUAGUGAAGAAGAACACAGCCCAACCGGAAUUCGAACUUAGCCGGCGCAAUGUCGAGACCCUCGGUCUACGCACGCAAGUGCAGCACGAAGCCCGAUCCGCGCUUUACUUCGCGCCGAGGGGGAUUAUUCCUGCUAGCCACCUCCGACGCCAGGGCGAAACCAAUUUUCAGGCAACACGCUUUCCUGUUCGCCAGAACUUCAAGAAAGAAGCCAAGAUCCAAGAGGAAAAGCGGAAGCAGUUGAACGCAGAAGCGCAGAAAGAAGUGGAUUACAUGGACAUGGCGGAUAGAGGAGAGUUCAAGAACAUGGGUAGCGGAAGCUCGUUUGUGGAGACACCGCACAUGACGCCAGAUCACAUGCGCGACGUGAUGGGCAUGUCGCCUUUGAUGACCUACGGCGCAGUAGCAAGCACGCCGCUAUUGGUGGAUGGGGUUCCUGGUGCUGUAGGUGAAGAUGACGAAGAGGACGAGGGCGAUGAUGGAGGCGGAAAGAUGAACGAUGCUGGCUCUGAUGGCGGCUCUGGGUCUGAUGAAGAUCAUGAUACUGUUGAUGUUAGAGGUGGAAAGCGAGCUGCAAGAAGUCAAGGAGAAAAUGACGAUAAAAAACGAGGUCGGGAUCAUGGCGACUGGUCGUCUGAGGACGGAUCUGAGGAUGAGCAGGAUCAGAAUAGUGUAAAAAGGAGUAAGAAAUCGCGUUCUAGAGGACGUGGUUCGGAGGAUGAUGACAGCGAAGAUGACGCUUCUUCUAGUCCAAGCAACCGACGUCGCGGCGGGUUUGAUCUCGGCAAUCGUAUGGAUGCUUUGCUUCAACGAGAACAGAAACAGCGUGAAGAACGAGAAGACGCUGAGCUAGCAAGAGUUGCUGCAGAGGCUAGUGUUGCCCACAACCCUGCUAAUGACGUGCACGGGAACCGCAAUUUGCCACCCAGCAGCACUGUCUACAGCCUGCCCAGCCAAAGUCGAGAAGAUAAACAGCGCGUGCAGAUGCAACAGAACCGCAAACAGACGAAGGAGGAAUUAAGACAAAGACAGAUGGAUCGAAUGCGCGAGUUGGGUGUGAAUAUCGAUGAAUUCGGCCACAGAGAUUCUCAAAUAGGAGGAAGAACACCGAGUUCUCGUGGAGCCUUGGGAGGCAGAACGCCUUCUGUAGCUGGCGGAGUCGCCGCUUCGUCUAGAAGUUCUCGUGGAGCCUUGGGCGGUGGAACAGGUAGUAGUCGAGGUGGUCAGCAGCGUUCUCGAGGUGCGCCUUCGGUUGCAGGCAGUGCUGUGAGCGAAUUUAGCACAGGCAAGAUCCAGCUUUCUGAUCGUGCGAUUCGGGCUUUGAACAGUGGCCAAGUGGCGGGUCUGCCAGCACACUUGACACCAGGUUACUCCAGCAUCUUUGACAAGCGCACAAGAAGAGGAGCUCCAGGAACGUCGGCUUCCUCUUCUAGAGUUGUUGCUGGAGGUGGUGCAACACCUUCAGUUGAAGCGGGUACAAGUUCUAGGAAUGCGUCUAGAAGAGCACCCACAGCAACAGAAAACACAGGCGGGUCGCGGACGGUAGGAAAAUUUGCACGGAAUCUAGGUUGCGGAACGCCGAGUCUCAAUGUACAUCCGAGUUUGCGGACCCCAAAUAUGAAUCUGAGAGACAAGGAUAUACCUGCGGCACCUGCCCUGAAAAAGCCGAAGAGAUGAUCCUCGUGCGGAUGUCUGAAAACUGUCGUAGAAACAGUGAUUUUAUUCGCUGGACAUCCGUUACCUCUUAGCUACGUCGAUAGUCAUGUUUUACUCUCCUUCGGUCUCAUAUUACGCUCAACACCCCCUGCUCAAGCUUAUACAAAAAUGAUCGAAAAGUAGACUUCAUUGAUGUAUUCUAUCCCGCCCCGUCAUGACCUUGAUUUGGGUCAAUUUUCAAUGUCCUUUUCUCGUCCCUGUACCUUAGAAACGCCUUUUCCAUUGCUUCCUCUCGGUGAAAUUGAUGUUGAGAUGAAAUAGCUUAGACAAAAAGAGCUGUGUGUUCGUUCAUUCAAAGAGAAAGAGACGAGAGAUUGUCUUGUGGUAGAAUCAACGCAGGUGAUGAUACGUGUGAAGAGAUGUGAGCUCCUUAUUAGCUGGAUUUUUCAUAAUACCCAAAUGACAGUCGUGUUCAAGAACGAGAUGGCAGUGGUAAUAGCAAUCAACAGAUACCGUCUUCGCGGAAUUCACGCUAUCUGUAUUCCUGUAGUAGAGGUCUUUAGAACAAGGCUGUCUCAGAAGCCACCUCAACCCUCUUCCCCAAGGUUUUUGACUUGUGAAACGAAGCGACACUAGUUUACUCAGCACUCUUUGAGCAACUUUUUUUGAAGCAGAUCAUUCGAAGUAGGAAACUGCUGUUUUUCUUGAGUAUGAGUAGGCUUCUUCCGUUCAUAAAUGACCAUAGCAGGCAAAAUCCUAGUUCACGCUGACGCGGAAGGCCUGGUUGAGCGCGAAGGGAUUGCGGCACGAGACGUUAAGAAGGCUAUGGCAGAGGAUGGACAGGCGAAAGAUGAAGAUAUGGAGGAGAAAAUCCGGAAAAUAAAACAUUGCCUUGGAGGCCGUGAAUAGUCUGGGUGGACAGGCAGCUGGCGGGAUUAAGUUAUGGCUUGAUGUACUUAAAUACACGGCAUGGAUGAAUAAUGAAUGAUGUGUGUCUUUGAGGAUGAGUCAGUGACAGUAUUCCGAUGAGAUCUUCAUAAUCUUGUCUGCACGUUCAAUGAAAACCUGAGAACUUCUCCUCACUUUCCAUAAAUCACUCCAAAUGUAGUUCUAUAUCCACUAUCCCCCACUAUCAUCACCUGUGUAAAGUACGAGGACCCCCUCUAAUUCAAGAGAUCCUGGCUGCAAAAACAGUGGUGGAGUCUAUGGUUGCUGAGGCAUGUGCGAUUCUGCAAAACGGCGCGACCCUAGUCGAAGGCAGUGGAGCGAGGGCUUCGAAACUCUAGUAGCAGUUGUGGCGAGUGGGUUAGGGUUACUCACUUACUUAGCCCAUACGCUACUUAUUUUUCCGAUCAUGUUAUCGCGCUGAUUCAUUUUCCAGUAGUUGCACAUAGAACUCUCACAUGUCUGAAAUAUUUUUGUCGGCGCCGUUUUCAUGCCUAGGGCGCAUUCCCGGUUUUCUCUCUUGGAUAGUAGCCUCGCUAUUUUUUUACUGAUUUGUGGAUGGAUGGGUGACUUAAACUGGCAAGUAGCCCGUUGGCUAUUGUGCUGCAGCACUAUCCAUGUUUCAUAGUAGCCCGUUGGCGAUUGUGCUGCAGCACUAUCCGUGUUUAAUAGGAAUUUUUGAUUUGAUCUUACACACUGCAGCAAACUAAAAUUCUAAGAAAUGCAGUCUUUUUAGUCUGGCAUCUAUAGUCGACUUGACGCUCCCCUAGAGAAUCCAAGAUACUGAGGCUAAUUUCCAGGCCUUUCUUCCCUCUAU